CUGGGACCCCAGUACAUCCCUCCCAGGCUCUAUAAAAGGCCAGGUGCUCCAGCCAGCAGCCCAGCCCUGGCAACUCUCGACCCACCACACUGAGGUCCCUGAGCACAUGAUGGAUGCGUCAAUGGAUUUCACAACUGAAGACCAAGUUUAUUGGUCAGGCAAUAGUGAAGAGGCUUACCUUGAAGCAAUAGAAGAGCUUGAGGAAUUUUUACAGAAACUCGAUGAGACAUAUGGGACAAGAAGUCCAGCUGCACCUGAGGCAAAACCCUAUGUACCUCCGACUGCCCAUGAAGAGGACAGCCAAAAUGAAUCCGUGCAGAACGAGAUGAUGGAUCUUUUGACCCACAAUGAUGAUUUACGCAUGUUUGAACAUCCCUGGGACACUUUUUCUGCAGAACUAACAUCAACCCAUGUUAAAGCCCUUGAUUUGCCCCCUGGAAACGAUCCUACAAUUGAAGAUGUAGUUCAGGUAUCAGGCAACAGCAAAGAGGUGUUGAGGUACUCCUAUCUUCAGACGGUUGAGGAAAUUAAGGCAUUUCUACAGGAAGCCAAUGAGAUGCAUAAGGCAAGGACCCCAGCUGCCCCGGAGCCAGAGCUUUGUGAGCCUCCAAAUGCCCGUGAGGCGGAUGAUCAAAAGGAGUCCAUGCGGAGACAGAAACCCGCAACUGAAGAUCUCGUUCAGUUAUCAGGCACCAGCAAAGAGGCUUCCAUGGCUUCUUUCUUUGUGACACUUGAGGACAUUGAGGAGUUUCUUCACGAGAUCAAUGAGAUAAAUGAGGCAAAAACCCCACCUGCACCAGAGUCAGAGCUCUGUGCAGCUCUGACUGUCCAUGAUGAGGUCAGCCAAAUGGAGUCCAUGAAGAACCAGGUGACCUCCUUUGAUGAGAGAAACCCAACAGGAGCAUCCCAUUUGAUGGAUGUCACUGACACCCCAAAGACAUUUAUCACUGAUUGUCAAGUAACAGUUGUUAAUGCAAACAAGAGGACAAUCUCCAAUGAGGGUAGCGAGGUGAAGACCCUCAAUGAUGACCAGAGCCUCUGUGGAGGCCAGAUGACCAUCAGUGGGGAUCAGAUGAAGAGCCCCACUGUAUGCCAAAAUCUCAAUGGAACCCAGAUGACCUUCGCUGCAGACAAGACCAUCUAUGGGAAUCAGAUGAAGACCAUGGAUGAAGACCAGAUCCUCAGUGUAGGACAGAUGAACUUCAGUGGAGACCAGACUCUCUAUGGGGGUCAGAUGAAGACAGUCAAUGAUGACACUCUCCAUGGAGUCCAUAUAACGCCACAAUCCUCGUCAUCAUUGCUAUAUCCUAGAAUUCUGUAUGUUGCCAGUUCUCAUUUGAUCCAAGGACAACCUGUAGAAACGCAGAAGUGGAAUCCCAAGAUUCAGAGGUGUCCGUUGCAGAAGAGGCCUGACAUUUUGAGGCCCUACAUCUGCACCUAUAAGAACUGUGGGAAAGCGUAUGCCAAAUCUUCCCACCUGCGGAUCCAUGAGCGUGUGCACACAGGAGAGAAGCCCUAUAAAUGUAAUGUGAAUGGAUGCACGUGGGCAUUCUCCCGUUCGGAUGAGCUCAACAGACACAAGAAAAGGCACACGAGGGAGCGGCCUUACCUGUGUACUAUAUGUGACAAAGCCUUUGCCCGAUCUGAUCACUUAAAGCAGCAUCAGAAAGUCCACAGAUGAAUUUCUCCCAUGAUGACAAACCCAGCAGCCUUUGAGGAAAUGAACUGAAAGAGUCUCCCUGCUAAGACUUUGCUUGGCACCUAGCACUGUGCCAGCACAUAGUAGAUGCUUAAUAUUAGUUGUAAAUUUGUAAAGUUUUCAUUUAUUUUUUUCUGAAACAUAAAGAAUAUGUGUAUGCAUUUCAGUAGAAUCAGAAGCACUCUGCAUUGAAUUUCCUGUACAUAGUGAAUGUUUUCAUCAGUGUACUAUGAAUCCUUGUAGAUCACUAUCUGUGUAUUUACUUCUAUUUGUACAUGUAAAAAAUGUUUAUAUGUAGAGAAUUGUAUUCAUAGUUCAAAUGUGUAAAGAAUGUAGCAUUUUAUCCCUGAGCUCAUAUUUUUUUUGAAAGUCCAUUUCUAUGGAGUUAAGAGGAGGGGGACACUUGGUCACUUCAGUGUCAAGCAGUCUCAGAUUAAAUGAAGAUCAUUUGGAUGAAUUUAAUCUAUUAAAAAAUGGAACCUCCUCAACA